UUCGUGCUGUGACGUCUUUUUUUAAUCAGCCCUCCGUCCUUCAAGUGUUGCAGCCGCGCUGUCGUUUCAUUCUGCUUUGCUCGUGUGCGUUUCUCAUGGCCCCUGUCCCCGUUUCUGACUGACCACAAAACAGGUUCUGCUUGUAAACGGGAACGUUGAAGGUAGGCGACACGUCUUGCAAACGCCCGUGUGCACUGUAAACAACAGUGCGUCCCAUAACACAGCCAUGUGCCCUGUAGUUCUUCUAGCCCUUGGGCUAAGUUUUCUGUUGUUUCUUCUUGAAGUCGUUGCGGCUUUGUCCGUUGCAUUUAGCCCUGCUCGUAUUCAGAAACUAAAGGAGGGUGAUGUGACCGAAGUUGGCUUUUCGCUGCAAACGAAAUCGCUUUCCGCCGAGCGAUUCUACUCUGCUGUUUCUGAGAACCCAGACAUUGCCUCUGUACUUCAUCUGCAUACGAACUACAGUGCGCUACCUGAGAAUGGUUAUGUCAACGGGACGUUCACUGUGAGAGGUAACUUCUUAGGCCAUACGAGGAUUCGACUAGAAGAACGUAUUGGCAAUGGGACUUCGCAAGUUUCGAAGGAGUUCCUGCCGACGAGUGUCAUUCGGAAGCAAAGCAUACUCUCAUUGGUGUUCAUGGUAUCGGUAGCGAUAUUAGUCUCGUUGAAUUACAUUAAUAUGGGAUGUGCACUUGACCUUGAAACUGUCAAGAGUGUGAUGAAGCGUCCCAUCGGACCUGUGGUUGGAUUCUUCAGUCAGUACCUCGCCAUGCCCUUGAUUGCAUAUGGUUUGGCCAAGUUCCUCUUCAAAGAACCGUACCUUCAACUUGGCCUGUUCACCUUCGGUUGUAGUCCUGGUGGUGGAGCAAGUAACAUGUGGACAGUGUUACUGGGUGGAAAUCUGAACCUGAGCGUUGCCAUGACCUUCAUCAGCACUAUUGCUGCACUUGGGACAAUGCCAAUGUGGUUGUUCACCCUGGGCCGUAGCCUGUUUGAGGAUGCUUCAGUAAGGGUCCCGUUCGGGAACAUAUUCACCACUCUCAUUUCUAUGACCAUUCCUUUGGCAAUUGGUCUCUUACUGCAACGCUUCAGGCCUAAGGUGGCUUCCUUUUGCCGUCGAAUCCUGGCUCCGGUGUCCGUGGCAAUGAUUCUGUACAUAGUGGCAUUUGGUACAUACGCCAAUUUGUACAUGUUCAGUCUCUUUUCCUGGCGGGUGAUGCUAGCUGCCGCAGCCACCGUCUGGUCAGGGUUUCUCGUGGGAGCUGUGGCAUCCAGAAUAUGUGGUCUUCCAUGGACGGAUGUACUAGCAGUCUCUAUAGAAACGGGAGUCCAGAACACUGGCAUCGCCAUCGUGUUACUAGGCUUCUCUCUACCCCAGCCAGAGUCUGACAUUGCGUCGGUUGUACCGGUGGCCGCUUCACUGGUGACACCGGUGCCCCUAAUCUUUGUGGCUAUUGGCCGCAAGGUGUACACGCGCUGCUGUGGGGACAAAGAAGCAGCCAAGAGGAAGAACACCCACCAGGUAGGCGUGCCAGAUCCGGAGAAGUGCACUCUGACAGAGUCAGCGACGCCUUCGGCCAAUGGCAGCAUCGCAGCAGCUGAGAAACUCAUACCUGAUUAUGGGAGCAUCCUGCGAAAUCCGCACUCUGCAUGACCUAGUCUCAGAGCAUGGGGCGCAGCCUCGGGUACCAGCACCAGCUUUGCACUGACCAAAUUGUGUUUUGCGCUUGCAGCACAUUGUUCUUUCAAAAUAACGUAGUAUAUGCAUGAUAUGUUUGCUUAGAAAAGUGAACUUAAAUAUAUGCUUAACCAGUGCAUGCAAAUUCCCAAUGACAUGGUUUUCCAAGAUUUUUAUGUGAUAUGAGAACCCCGUGAUGCAGGUUGUCUUGAAUGUGGUUGGGGUGUGUUGUAGCAAUUUAAUUUUGUUUGCUCAUGCCUGCAAUGAUAAGUUGUAAUUUUUUUGUGUGUGUUAUGCAUUAAAGGAGCACCAAAAUGCAAAAACAACCUGUUCUCAGAUGAAAGUUUGAGUUUUAGCAGUGACUAUGCAGCUGAAAUUAUUUUACUUAGCGCUACCGGUUGUCACGAAAAUGCUCUCGAAACAUCCACCAAAAAUGUGAUCACGAGCGACAGCCAAUCUGGCAGCAGAACAUGCGCUCGUCAUCCUGUCGUGUAUUCGUGCGUUUCGAACACUGUCCAUCCGCGGUCUUGUACACGUACACCGCAUAACGCACAUUGCCGAGUUUUAAACAUGACCUGCUUAAAUGCCAUUGGUUAUAUUAAUGAGACAUGUUCUGAUGCGGCAAAUUAUCUGUAAAUCUCACCAGCAAGUGCCAGAGACCGACAUUAUUUUGUUUUACCGGUCUCCCUAUUUCUUUCAACGAAACCGCUCUACAGUGGGGCACGUACAUCCGGUGGUGCAACAUCCCGAUGUGCAAAGUGAAGCGAUGGUCGCUGAAUGGUGUCGAGAUACAAAAGAGUUUGGUACGAUUUUGAUUAUAAUGUUGUAACUGAGUGAAAAUUUUGAGUAAUAACGCCAAUACGAAAUGAACACAGCCUUUAGCGUAAUUUGUAAUGGUGGUAUUUUAGUGCCCCUUUAAGGCAACAUUCGGUGCUGCGUGUUUAUUUUUCUAUGUGGUGACCUUUUACAUUAUUUCUUUGGGUCACUUAAAAAAAGAACGCCUUAAUUACUUGAACCAGCACAUUACUUUCAAUAUUUGAGGUAAGCUUGAAAGAGUUACUAAAUGCAGCAAUAAUGUUUCUGUAAGAUAAAAUAAAAAAUCUGCUAUGCAGUGCACAUGGCUCUGGCUCUGGCUUUACUCAGGCUCUACUCACAGUCUAAAAUUUUUCUUUAUGUUGAGGAAAGAGCAGCAGUGCCUGUUUAGAUGGCGUUCAUCACUACAAUUUUAGAGACCCAUGUUUUUAUGAACUCCUUUUCUUUUUCAUUGUCGCAGAAAUACUGUAUAACUCUACCUGCCCUUCUAACAAUUUUAAGCUCCCGUCAAAAGUAUGUUCCCAUACACAUUUUUCUGUGCAAUGGGAAAGUGCUCUUGAAAAGUACUUCCAGCAGAGAGAGGCAUAAUAUUUAACUUAGCAACACAACUUGGCAGGGCCUGCUUUGCUUUCUGCUCUACAGUGUAUGUUUGUACUGCCUGAAGAAUGCCUGGGCCUUUGCACAUUUAAUUUCCGAAUAAGCAACAGGCAAAUGGUUUAAGGAAAAGCAUGCAGCUUUACAAAGUCCGACACAAGCUGAAUAUUACUUGCUAGAAUGUUGUUGACUAUUCCAACUUGGCAAAAUUUUGUAUGUGUGGCGUAAUGUGAGUGCAGUUCUACAUGCGUAUACUCUGAAAAACUCUGCCAGCUAUACAUAUGCAAUAUUAUCGCAGUGUGUUAGCAUCAAUCUUACCUAUUUGUCCCACAAAACAUGACCAUAUCUCUCAGGAUGGUGUAGAAUAGGAAAGCAGCAGCAAGUAUCAGUGUGUUGUCAUAACAGCAUCAGCUCCAGAAUGGUUAAUGAAAUUUUCUAUGUCACUAUUGUCAGCUUGCAGGCACAUAUCAACACAAAAUUGUAUACUUGUUCCAACGCUAUAUAAAAUUCUGUAUGUCUACUUAGUGGAUGAUAGCUAUAUAAUGUCAUCUUGUACAGGUUGUAGCUUGUACAGACAAUAAGGUUAUGUGCUGUUAUGCAAAUGGUGUUCUUGGCAGACAACCAGGCAAAUGAUUUUCAUGAACUUUUUGAGCUUGAAUACUCUAAAUUUUUGUAUUUUUGUAAAUGAUGAGUGCCGCAGAAGUACAGAGUUAGCAAAGAUGAAGUAUGGGAUGUGUAAUGACGAUAAAAUGAACAAAAAAAGCAUUUGGGAGUGAAACUAUACUUUGAAACAUGUAUUAUGCUCUAAAAUUUUCUAUAAGAAUUCCCUAAUCCAGUUUUAUGUGUGAAAAUUGCAAAAAUUACAAACUGGCUGCACUCCUUACAUUUCAAAUGGGCCAUACCACCUUCUAUGCCGGUGUGUAUGCACACUUACGUAGUUUCAUGGCAGCCUAAGCUUUGUUACGGUAUUCAGUUUGCUGUUUAAUAACAAUUUCCAAGCAUAAGGAACAGUUUUGCCAUACCACUUUUAGUAAAUAUGCUUUCCAGAGAUAAUUGUAAAGCUAUAAUUUAUAAACUCAAAAAUUACUGGAAGAAAUCUAGGAUCUGAAAAUUUUUUACAUGAUUUUUCAGCACUCCAUAUGCCAGAUGAAAGUUUCAGCAUCUGCCAUGCCAGCAGUAUUCUUUGCGAAGAAAUAGCAUACUUUAUCUUGUCUGACCCUGUACUUAUUUGUCCCUUUUGCACUCUUCAUAAGGGUAGGAUUAACCAAUAUGCUUUCCACAUUUUAGUGUCCUUCAGCACCUUAUUCAGAUGAGCACAUCAAUGCCCUCAUGCUCGCCUUAUUCCUUUUUACCGUUGCUGUUAUAUAUCACUUGUUACGUGCAAGUAGUGAUGUCCUGUUAUUUGUGAUAUGGUCCCUGGACACUGUUGAAACAGAUCUAUUAAGUGGGAUGUACUUAAUAAAUAGGGUGUAACAACUAUAGUAGGCUGCACAUUCUGAAGUUGCAAAAAUAUUGCACAGUUUACCUCUGAACUCCCCACAGAUGAAGCCUGCUGUAGCCCUGCAGUCUGGAAUGAUGAAAACAAAUUCCUGUCAAGAUGUUUUACCAAUGCAAAAAUAGCACUCGUAGAGCAGUGUUGGCAAGGGCUUUUGUCCACUAUUCAGGCUCUGAUUCUUUCGUUCAAGAUGCUAGGAUGUACAAGCACUUGAAAGCACCACCAAGUCUACCUACCUGUUUGCCCCGCUGAAUUAGGUACACAAGGCAUAAUUGUUGUUGUUGUUGUUGUUAGGCAAAAAAACACUUCUGGCAUUCACCCACCCUUCUUUUCAGUUGCAAAUUUGUGCUAUUGGUAAACCUGAACUUUAUUAGCAUGUGUACAGAGUUGGAGAAUUGGUUAUGUGGAAUUUUCACACAACUUCAGAAUUGUGUAGACUAUUAUAGUGGAGCACCGCAAUAUCGUUCCAAACACAGGAUAGUUUGGCAAGAUUCCACUGCUGCAAAUAAAGCUAUGUUGUGGCUAUGGCAGAAUGAAUCAUAUUUUUCCUGGCAAGAUGUGACCAAAGGUUAUUUUGUUUGGUGCCUUAAUGAGAAUAUAGUUACCAUUCUUAAUCUACACUGGUAAUAAAAGCAUCGAUUGUA